CUUUUUGAUAGCUUAACUGCUUUUGUGGUAGUGUUUUACUAGUCUUUUUGGUUUGAAGAUGGCUACCUAGUAAAUGUACGGCUGAACUUAAGGAAUUCGUCGCUGAAAACUCUAGGAUGCAGUUUGGCAAUGAACUGUAGCUAAUUCAAUAUGUACUUGAUUUUUCUUCUUUUAUCUUCUAGUGUAAAUAUCCCGUUAAUGUUGUGCUGAGUGAAGAACCGCUUUAAACGAUUCAGUGCGUGUCCGAACCUUACACUGUUUUAAAACAGGUCCGAGGUCCGAACCAUACUGUUCCGACCUUAACGUUUGUUCAGCCCUUUAAAAAGAAUCGACUCAAAUGAGUGAUUCAUUUUCGAGUCGAGCUUCACUGCAUCCAACCGGUCAACGGAGCCCCCGACAUGAAUAUGGUCACAAAAAAAAAUUCUCAGCCACGUAUAUACAAUAAAGUCAGGCGAUGUAUGUAUCAGAAAUAUUUCAUCAGGGCUUCAAUAUGGGAUGGUAUUAGACUCAAAAUUAUUAAUAGAUGAACGCAUUUGUUCGUGGUUCGUAAGAUACAUGCAUAAAAUGUAUUCAGUAGCCUACAUGGAUAAUUGUGCGUGAAUCUAUGAAUCAUUUUAAGUCUAAUGUCAUCCAAUAUGAUAACCUGUAGAGAAUAACAACUAGGGCUCAUUUAGUGGCUACUACAUGGCUAAUAGGAUUAUGUCCCUAAGAGGAGGGGGGGGGUGUAAACACACCGGCUCGGUCUCAAAAACCUACUGAGCUGUCUAGUUAGCUACAUAACGUUUUAGGACAUAACAAUCGCAUCUCGGGACAGCCGGUGCACACACAGACUCUCAGACCCCUGGGAUGGCCAAAAGUUUCAGCAUGCGGCUUGUCUGUGAUUUUUCAAAUGCUUUCUAGUUAGGUAGCUCACUUGAUUGUGAAACACAUCCGCAGACCGCUAGGGCUGAAGUCAUGUGUGAGGUGGUGCUUGUGGUGUGUAUAGAGAAAGCGCUUUGUUGACAGAGGCUUGGACACAUGAAGAAGCUGCUGCUGCUGUGAUGAGUGAAGAUGCCCGGUGUUCCGCAGAGAGUGUUCGCGCUGCCCAGACAGCAUUCCCUGCUGCUGCCCGCCGUCAUCAACCCUUUCGUGCACGACCUUAAGUUAACCAAAGCCGAUACAAUCAAAUGUUUUCUUCUGGGAAUCAUCCUUGUGCCGCUCCGUGGCAUUUUCUUGCUUCUCGUUCUUAUGAUGAUGUGGCCGGUUUCUGUCAUGAUAACAUUCAGACAGUCUCUGAAAGGAGCAGUGGAGCCCAUGACUGGCUGGAGAAGGAUCAUGCACAAAAGAGUGAUGACCUUUCUAGGUCGGCUGUAUUUCUUCGGCAUGGGCUUCAGGGUGGUGGUGAAGGGGAAGAAGGCCAGCAGUGCAGAGGCCCCCAUUCUAGCUGUGGCCCCCCACUCUUCUUUCUUUGAUGCCAUUGCCUGCAUUGAAACUGGUCUACCCUCUACUGUAUCCCGUUCGGAGUCCCUGGAAGCACCAAUCUUUGGCAGGUUUUUGCGCUGUGUGCAGCCAGUGCUUGUUUCACGCAAAGAUCCAGACUCUCGCAGAAACACUAUCCUUGAGAUUGAGCGGAGAGCAAAGUCAGGAGGACACUGGCCACAGGUGCUAAUUUUCCCUGAAGGAACAUGUACCAACAGAUCAUGUCUCAUUACCUUUAAACAAGGAGCCUUUGUCCCAGGGGUCCCAGUACAGCCUGUUCUGAUCAGAUACCCAAAUAAGCUGGACACAGUUACAUGGACAUGGCAGGGCCCAAAAUCGGCCAGACUACUGCUGCUCACACUCUGUCAGCUCUAUACUACAGUGGAGGUUGAGUUUCUGCCCCCUCAAAUUCCUACUGAGAUGGAGAAAAAGUGUCCUAUCAAGUUUGCUCAUUCAGUGAGAGCUGUGAUGGCUGAGUCUCUGGGCCUUCCGGUCACAGACCACACCUACGAAGAUUGUCGUCUGAUGAUUGCAGCAGGAGAACUGACUCUGCCUAUGGAGGCAGGCCUCGUGGAGUUUACCAAGAUCAGCAGGAAAUUGGAAUUAAAAUGGGACAAUGUGAAGAAGGAAUUGGAGAGUUUUGCCAACAUAGCCUGUUCCUGCAAAGGCGGCAGGAUCACAAUUGAGGAGUUUGCCGGCUUUCUCAAACUGCCUGUCAGCCCAGCUCUACAGGAGCUCUUCACUCUGUUUGACAGGAAUGGCGAUGGGACCAUUGAUUUCAGAGAGUAUGUGAUUGGUGUCACAGUUCUGUGCCGCCCAGCUAAUAACGAGGAAGUCAUUCAGACUGUUUUUAAGCUGUUUGACAUUGAUGAGGACAACUGUAUCACACAAGAGGAGUUUAGCGGUUUGCUGCGUUCUGCUCUCGGUGUAUGCGAUCUUGAUGUCCACAGCCUCUUCAAAGAAAUUGAUGCAGAUGGAUCAGGACACAUAACUUAUGAUGAGUUCUGCUCCUUCGCUCUCACCCAUCCGGAGUAUGCCAAGCUCUUCACCACCUACAUCGAGCUACAGCGUUACCAGGGGCUCCAGGGGGAGGAGCUCGAUUUUGAUGCCAGUUUGUCUGAGUGCUGCACUGCUUCUCAUAGUAACCACCAAGAGGACAUUACCUCUGAUAAGAAAGAUGACUGACGGCAUGCAGCCAUAAGGUUCAUUUUCUGCCACGCCAUUUAAACACGUGCAUUAAGCUUGGCCGGAAGGAUUGUACUCUCACAUAUGCCAUGUCAGCAGUUUUCUGUUUACACCACCAAGUAUUUCAUAAACUAUUCAGUGGUUUAUUUAAAGGGUUUCAGAUAAAUGCAAAUGCACACAGGCAUGCUAAAAUGUUUUGGCAACACUUUAGGACAGGUUACAAUUCUCCCUAUUAACUAGUAGCUUAUUAGCAUGCCUAUUGUUAACAUAAUGGCUGUUUAUUAGUAUUUUAAGGACAUAUUCUGCAUGAACAUAUUCUACAUCCAUAAUCUUACCCAGUACCUAAACCUGAACAUUACCUUAAUAGCUAUUAAUAAGCAGCGAAUUAGGAGUAUAUUGAGGCAAAAAUCAUAGUUAAUGGCUGGUUAAUCGUGAGAAUUGGACAUUGAAAAUACAUUUUAAUCUUAAUCUGCAGCUAAAAAGUAAAUUUUAUUGUUAUAACACCACUCAAUUUUUUAGACACGAAGCUUAGUUCCAAUUCAGUUUUUAUGCAUUUUAUUUGAUAAUGUCUAAUAAACAAAUAUAUAUUAUUUGAAUAUAUCUAAUCUGGAAAAUUAUUUUGUGAUUGCAUUGGAGAUAAUUGUGUGUCUUUAAUGGAAAAGUAUAUAUUUCUUAAAAUGAAUAUUUUACAAAAGAGAUUAUUAUACAAAUACCAAGUUUCUUUUCUUUUUUCCUUUUUUCCCACUUUUCUGCUCAGGGAUGUUGGUACAGAAAGCAAGUUGUAAUCAAAGGUUUAACUUUGCAUCUUGUUUUUAUUUGCAUUCCCAUCGAGGGGAGAUGUUGCUGAGUUAGCGUUCUGUCCCUGCUGCUUGUUCAGACUAAUACUCUGUUGCAUCCGCUGAAAAUAGGCCAAUUUGUGAGCAAACCGGCAACACAACACGCCCACAGUAGUAUGCAACAAAGGGCUUGAUUCCAAAUGAUCCCUCUGCAGUGGUAUUUAUUUAGCAAUGCAGGUUGCAAUUAUGAUUUUGUUAACACAGCAAAGUUAGCUUUUUUUUUUUGCAAUUAAAAUAAUCCUUUGAAUUUUAA